AUGCUCAACCGACUGAAUCUCCUUACCCACCAUUUCACCCGUACCUUCGGUUCCGCCCGCACGGCCGCCCCGGCUCUCUCGACCCCGUCCCUGGUCCUGCGCUCAGGUCCGUCCGCGAUGACAUCAGCCGCGCAAGCGAAGCCCAUCCACACGGCGGCUUGCCUGAUUAUCGGUGAUGAGGUCCUUGGUGGGAAGACCAUCGACACCAAUUCGCCCUUCCUGGCCAAGUUCUGCUUCGGCCUCGGCAUCCAGCUGAAGCGAGUGGAGGUCAUCCCGGACGAUGAGGAGGAUAUCAUAGAGGCCGUACGCCGCAUGAGCGCCCGCUACGACUUUGUCGUGACCAGCGGAGGCAUUGGCCCGACACAUGAUGACAUUACUUACCAAUCCAUCGCUAAAGCCUUCGGCCUGAAGCUGCAACUCUACGAGCCCGCCUUCGAACGCAUGAAGAGGCUAUCCCGCCCACACCCUAUGCAGCCCAAUUUCGACUGGAACACGCCAUCGCCCGGCCUGACCGCAAAGCUGCGCAUGGUCGAGCUCCCGUUCGACCCGGCCAUCCCCGCAGAGCAGCAAGGGCUCUUCGUCGCGGACGACAUGUGGGUGCCCGUCGCCGUGGUCAACGGCAACGUGCACAUCCUCCCCGGCGUGCCGCGCCUGUUCGAGCGGCUGCUGCUGAACCUGAAGCCGCACCUGGUCCCGCGGCUGUCAGACCCGGAGGGCAAGGGCACGUUCCGCUUCAUGUUCAGCACGCCGCUGCCUGAGAGCGCGGUUGCGCCGUACUUGACUGAGUUGGCGGCUAAGGUUGAGCCGCGGGGCGUGAAGGUGGGCAGUUACCCGCGCUGGGGCAAGAAGCGCAACACGGUCACGCUGGUGGGGGCCGAUAAGGCAUUCCUGGAGUCCCUGGUGCCGGAGGUCGAGGUUGGUGUGCAGGGGAAGCGGGUUGCGAAGGAGGAUGAACUGGAUCCUCCGUCAGACUCGGAGCAUAUCUAUAGCCAGUAG